CGACAGAACCUGGGCGGGCGAGGGUUCUCAAUGCGUCUUCUUGUUCGAGGUCAUGGCUUCAUGUGAGUCGGAGGUCAGUAUAAAUUCUUGCGUUCCCGGCAACGUAUGCUUCCUUUCAACAGGCAGAGUACGGUGUAGAUCACCCUCAUAUAGAACAACUACGAAAAGCCACUGACGACUAUCGGCAAAGUACAACGCACCUUACGCUCACCGAUCCAACCACUGAGGACUACGAGUUACCAGAUCGACAAAACCUGGCCAUGCGCAAUGGAUGACGGUUCACGCCAGCCCUGUCUCAGCCUAGGCUGGCGUAAUCAACUGAAUGCCUACGAGAAUGGGUCUCAUGCGAAGCCUGAGUGACUUCCCCCGUUACUGUUUCUACUUCUGCCGGCCCGACAAGAAGUCUGAAAAGGUCGAUGAUUGGACAGCCGGUCGUGUUGAUUGGACGUGUGACGCCCAAUGGGCCAAUAUCAUCUACCUUUAUCUUUUCGACGGCGGUUGGCGGGGAGACGGUGCCUUAAUACAGCGUAGAGAAGAGGAUACCGAGCAAAUUCAGCGACAAUUAGCAAAGGAAAGACGAAGUUGGGUGAAGAAGAAUGGCCCACAGGCUGGUGAUAGCGCCAGCAGGGAUUUUACCGACAGCGAAAGGAUAUUGAGUUUUUGGGUGACAGGCGGCCCAGAUGAUAGAGCACCUAGGACAAUUGAUCCUACUGGGCUUGACUCAAACGGUAAGAUACAGCUCAACCGUAAGGCCUCGCAUGUCGAGCCUACAAGUGGCAACGCUGAAUCCAAUGUAGUUCUCAUCGCCGCCAAAAUGUACGCGAAAAGAAAAGCCUGGGACAUAGGAGAUUACGAGGGUAAUAACGUUAUUAGAGAGGCGAUCGGUCUCCCCAAGGCAGUGAAGGUUGCUACCGAGACUCCGGAGGACGAGUUUAAGAAGAUUGAGCUUCUCUUAGAUUUAUCGGCCGCAGGAUUACCUGAGGUCACGGUCCUUGGGCGAGAGACAUGGGUAGACGCGCCUUUACCACAGCAAAAGGAAAUCGACGAUCUGGUAGCCUUCAUACAAGGUGGAGAUUAGGUUGACGAUGAGCAAUACGCUCCUCGUGGGAAGGAGGUAACGCUCCUGUUUCUCCCCCGUACAACGUCAUAAUCUCAAACUGUCGCUAUCGGAAUGCUGGGCCUUGAGGGGUUU